UUGAAAGUGCCACCCAGACAGUAAUGCGUUGAGCCUGGCAGCCCGAAGUAUCACCCCGGUUUGCAGCCCGGGGGGUUUGGUUUGGGGGGUGUCUGGGAGAAGGGAAGAGAAAACAAAUCCUCGAGGCGUGCUGUCUCUUUAAGAGGGAGGUGGCGCCCCACCCUGCCGAGCCUAGAAAUCUUCCUCGUACACAAGCCGGUUCAGUCGCUCCGAGGGCCGGGCCAGGCGGUAUGGGAGGCGCGGUGGGGCCAGAGGGGAGCCCCGGCUGGUGGCCCCCCGGGACCUAGCCAAGGGGCGAGCUAGCUCAGCAAAGGCCCCCGGACUGCAUGGGGGGGCUACAGGAGCAGCUGCCCCUUCGUACCCAAAGAAGGACCCAAGUAAAUUCCGCCCAGCCCCGGGUGAUCGCCUAGGAGUUGCCGGGUGCGCCCCUUCGCCCUGCCCGCGGCAGCCCCCCGGGUUUAAGCUGGACCAGCCCCCUGGACGGCUUGUGGGCUCGGUGUGGGAGCCGCAAUGGGGUUGGCAGCGCCCUGGAGCUGCUGAAGGGGAAAGUGGCGUGUGCGCCCCGGGCCCCAGCCGCUGGAGAUGCAGUGGGGAAGCGUUUACAUGCCAGUACCUGUUCCUUUCUCCCACGCCGCAUUGGCAUGCUGGUCCCACUGGAUCGGCACUCCAGGAGAUAAAGGUGCCUUGAAAACCGGGCCAAGGGGAGGGAUUGUUCCGGCCAGCUCCCGGCCAAUAGAAGAUCCCUGCCUGCAGCACCUGAUGUAAGAAACCCCCCCCGACUUAUCGUAGUGCUUUUCUCCAGAGACCGCAAAGCGCUUUGCAGAGUGAAGACGCGGCCCGAGUGAUGGAGAAGCCAUCCCUUUCUUUCUGGCGUAGCCUCAUCCCAUGUGACUGAGCGGCGGGGACACAGAACGCCGUCGGCAGCAUUUUCCGUCGCGAGCAUCCGGGUAUUGACCUUGCUUCCUUGAGGACUGUCCGGGGCUGGCAUGGAAGGGACGGCUGCCCCCUGCAGUGCUGUGCGCAGCUUCGCCUCCGUCACCUGAGGGGCAGCGCCUCUUGCUCUGUGAACAAACAUGUGAAGAGAAGACCAUGCGCCCACUAGCUGGGAUGUGCAUAGCUUUGUGCGUGGUGAUCGUGGGACUGGCAGAUGGGGCUGACCCAUGUCUUGUCACCGCCGACAACAAAGUUGCCACGUGCAAAGGUCAGAACCUGAACCGCGUUCCCCAGCACCUUCCCCGCACCCUGCUCAGACUGGAUCUCUCGUAUAACAGGCUCAAAGAGAUCGCCACAGGGGACUUCUCAGCAUUGACCCAGCUGCAGAGCUUGGACCUGGGCUACAACAACAUCUCGCGCAUCUCAGCAGAUGCCUUCGCCUCCAACGUCCUGCUGGAGGAACUCAGCCUGUUCAACAACUCCCUGCGCCGGAUCCCCUCGCCGGCCCUGAAGCCUCUGAGGAAACUGAGGCGGCUGGAGAUGUCCAACAACUUGUACCUCUGCUCAACUCUGGACGAGGUCUUCAGCACUCUGAGGAACCUGCAGGAGUUCUCCAUGGGCGGGUCUCUGAUCCAGACGGUCGGCAAGUGGGACUUCCUCCCGCUGAAGAAUAUAGCCUUGCAGAAGUUUGCCCUGAAGACAGCGUCCAGCCUACUGGAGUAUCAAAACGGGGCAUUCUCGGUGCUCAACACCACAGCCCUGUGGUGUGACAUAGCCCUGGACAAGAAUCCCAAGGCCUUACCCAUGAUUCUGCGGGACCUGAGGGGCAAGCCGUUGCAGUACCUCCGCUUCCGCAACCUCUUUGAGUUCACCUACUACACUGAGCCCGCAGAUCUCUUCUCCGGCUUGGCCGAGGUGCAAGCCAGCAAACUGGUCUUCUACCGGGGGAAGUUCAACGAGAACCUGCUACGCCUGGCCCUGCUGAACAUCCAGAAGUCCCGCAUCCGCGACCUCUCCCUGAUGUCCAUUGACUUCGCCCGCUCUUCCCAGUGGAACCGCUCGGAAACGGGCAUCACCAACCUGACCCUGGACAGCUUGUUGCUGCAGGACAUCAGCAACCCUGACAUCCUGCGUUUCGACUGGACCUUCACCUGGUUUAGCGGCGUGGCCAACCUCUCCAUUCUCAACGUCAACUUCAACUUCGUGCCCUGCGACACCUGGGACGAGAUGCGCAACGUGGUGACCCUGGACGUCUCCAACAACCGGCUGAAGGACGCCUACAUCUACAACCAGGGCUGCAACUACCAGGACGUCCUGCCCAAACUGGAGCGGUUCCUCAUGGCCAAAAACGAGCUCACCAGCCUGGGCAUAGUGGCUAAGCUCACGGCCAAUUGGCCUCGCCUGACCCAUAUCAACGCCAGCCACAACCACAUUGGGGGCCUGAAGGAGACGGCAUGCCAGUGGAAUCCUGGCCUGGUCUGGCUGGCCCUGGACCACAACACUGUUACCAUGGAGAUCUUCAAGUGCCUGCCCAUCACCCUUCACUACCUGGACCUCUCCUACUCCGAGCUGGACCGGCUGGAGAUGAGCUACUUUGUCCGCUGCCAAGACCUCCAGGAGCUGAAGCUUAGUGGGAACAAGAUCAAGUUUAUUCCCUCAGAGUGGAGAUGCCCCAGCCUGCGAAUACUGGCCAUGGACGGCAACUCCUUCGGUGUCAUCAGCGAGGGCUCCUUCGUCAACAUGCCAGAGCUGACCAGCCUCAAGGCCGGGAACAACCCCUACCACUGCACCUGCGACCUCUACGGCUUCCUGCAGGAGACUCGGAGGAAGGGUAAGCUAACCCUGCUGGACUGGCCCGAGGGCUGGACGUGCUACCACCCGGAGUCCCUGCUGGACAUGGGCGUGGCUGCCUACACCCCGGGGCUGACGGAGUGCGAUGUGAGGGUGGUGGUGGCCAUCUCUGUCUCUGUCACAGCCGUUGUGAUCAUUGCAACCAUGGUGCUGUGCUGGAAGUUCGACGUGCUGUGGUAUCUGCAAGCCACCUACCGCAUCAUCCGGUCGAAGUACCGCGCCCGCCACACUCAGCCCACUCGGGCCUACGCCUACCACGCCUUCAUCUCCUACAGCUGCUCAGACGCCGAUUGGGUGAGGCAAGAGCUGCUCCAGCGGCUGGAGAGCUCCAGCCCCCCGUACCGCAUCUGCAUCCACGAGAGGGACUUCACGCCGGGCAAGUGGAUCAUCGACAACAUCAUCGAGAACAUCGAGAGCAGCUACAAGAUCAUCUUCGUCCUCUCCCGCAGCUUCGUCGACAGCGAGUGGUGCAACUACGAGCUCUACUUCGCCCACCAGCGGGCCGUCGGGCUGGGCUACGAGGACGUCAUCCUCGUGGUGAAAGAGGCCAUCGAUCCCCAAAGCCUGCCCAACAAGUUCUGCAAGCUCCGGAAGAUGCUGAGCACCAAAACCUACCUGGAAUGGCCUUUGGAGCCCAGCCGGCAGCCUUUCUUCUGGAUACAGCUCAGAAACGUGCUGGGGAAACCGGGAGCAGCCGAGCCUGGCCACGAUCGGGUCUCGCUGGCCAGCGUGGAGUUGGGCUCAGAUGAGGUGGUGAGCAGUCCAGCUGAAGAGGAAACUACCAUCGACGCCGUGGCUAGCCCUGCGAGUUAGCGCUCGCUUGGACUCCAGCUCCGCGCUGCCUCUGCUCCUGAUUUACACGCCUCGCACAGUGCAUUGUGUGUUCGCACGCCGACGUCCUGCUUUGCGGAUGUGGUGGGAAGGACGUUGCUCCAGGUCUUGGCCAGCUGUCCAGUAUUCCAUUCCCUACGGACUGUGAGCAAACACAGGGGACGGCAUGAACGGCUACUAAACUCCAGACCCAGAUUUUUUUGGAAGGGAGCAAUGAUCUUAUUGGGCCAACUUGAGACCCCUCUUAAAGGGGCCUCCUUGUUAGAGAGUGCCGAGCACCUGGCCUCUGAACGUUGGAGGCUACCUAAUGUGUUGUAUUUACCCACUAGCCAUUGGGUGACCUAUGCUCUUGGACUGGGAGUAAGGAGCCCCCCCUAUUCCAAGUCCAACUCUGAAAAUGUAGCCAACCUAUGUGUCCACUGUUUGAUCCCGCCACCUCUUGUUUCUCCUGAAGGUUUAACCAGCGACAGUAUUGCCAGGCAAGUCGUAAUGGAAGGCUACAACUUUGCUAGGGCUCGUGCACUUUAGUGUCUGAGUGAAAUUCAUCUCUUUGCAGCAUAAGCCGCUUACGUCCCAGCUGUUACCCGCUCGAGGACUCAUAGACUCAUAGACUUUAAGGUCAGAAGGGACCAUUAUGAUCGUCUAGUCUGACCUCCUCCCCGACGCAGGCCACUGAAUCUCACCCACCCACUCCUGUAACAAACCCCUAACCUAUGUCUGAGCUAUUGAAGUCCUCAAAUCGUGGUUUAAAGACCUCAAGGUGCAGAGAAUCCUGCAGCAAGUGAUCUGUGCCUCA